AUGGAAGAUUCUCGUUACCUCAUGAAUCAAACGGAGCUUCUAGCUACACAUCAAGAUGAACUGAAACAGGAACUGUUGAAGUAUUAUCGAACAUCGCUCAUUAUUAGUGUGCUAAAACAAUCAGAUGCUCCCAUAUCCGUAGAACACCGAGCACUGUUGUCAAUGUACAAACACGACGGAGAUCUUCCUUUGGGACUAGAUCACAUACGUAACGUUGAUAUUAGCUAUCAUGAGCGGAUAGCUAUUGGCAAGUACAUCGAAGCAAAGAUCACCGAGCAAGUGCGUCCAUUCUUGGAGAAAGCAAAGCGAUUCAGUGGUGGCGAACUGGCGGAACUAUCUGUUACCCAGUUUCAAGAACACUACAAAAACCUUCAGCUCGAUCAAGAACGGCAAGAGCUGACGGAUAAGCUGGCACAGUUAAAAGUGCGCAAAUUGCAGCUUAUGAAAGCAUGUGCCGAAAUCCGUACCGGACCGUACCAGCGUAACAACGUCGAGCUGAAGCAUGCCGAGGCACGCACCAUGCAGCAUAAAACCGAAUUGUUCCAAAAGUUGAUAGCGAACGAGAUUGCGAACUGCACACCUCAUGCUGUAAAAGCUAUCAAAGAGGUAGCGGCUAACAUCAACACUUUGCUAGGUAAUGAUAGUAAAUAA